AUGAUCAUCGGUAGUAAAGCUAACAGGCUCUUCUCCGUCUUGGUACUGUCCAUCUUCAACGAGCUCUUCUCCCUCUUGGUACUGUCCAUCUUCAACAAGCCCUUCUCCCUCUUGGUACUGUCCAUCUUCAACAAGCCCUUCUCCCUCUUGGUACUGUCCAUCUUCAACAAGCCCUUCUCCCUCUUGGUACUGUCCAUCUUCAACAAGCCCUUCUCCCUCUUGGUACUGUCCAUCUUCAACGAGCUCUUCUCCCUCUUGGUACUGUCCAUCUUCAACGAGCCCUUCUCCCUCUGGGUACUCUUCUCCAGUGAACUUUUCUCCCGAAUUCCGGUCAUCAUUGCCCAUCUCUUCUCUCCCAAGAUUCUCUGCAUCGUCACCAAGGAGUUCUCCUUCGCGAAGAUGCUCUUCUCUGGAAUCGUGUCCCUCCUCCGAACCAACUCCCUCACCCCUGCGAUCCUCUUGCCCAUAGGCUUCCGUCUCACUGCUCCCCCCGGAUAA